AUGGCCGGCAAGUGCGUCCACAAGGGAUGUGGGAAGACCUUCUCCGACCCAGAGGAGGAUUGCGUGUAUCAUCCGGGUCCCCCAGUGUUCCACGAAGGGCAAAAAGGCUGGAAAUGCUGCAAACCCCGCGUCUUGACGUUUGAGGAAUUCCUCGCCAUCCCACCUUGCACCACCGGCAAACACUCGACUGUCGAUGACACACCGGCCCCGGAACCUCCCAAGGUCACCGAGGAGCCUCCGGUGCCUUCGGCCUCCCUCGAAGUGAAGGCGCCUGAGCGCACUGCGAUCUCCCCCGCCAUCCCGCCGCCCACACCCCCCGCGAAACCCAUUGAGGAGCCCGACUCGGACGAUCCCUCCCUCGAGAUCCCCGCAAAUGCAACCUGCCGCCGGCGAGGUUGCGGUACAACUUAUACGGGGUCGGCUGCCCGCGAUGACGAGAAGUGCGUGCACCACCCGGGUCAGCCUGUCUUCCAUGAGGGCAGCAAAGGAUGGUCCUGCUGCAAGCGUCGCGUGCUGGAGUUCGAUCAAUUCCUGAAAAUCCCAGGCUGUACUGAGAAGGUCCGGCAUAUGUUCGUUGGCAAGCCCAAGCCCGAGGGCGAGGAGAAGGUCGAGUCGGUUCGCAAUGAUUUCUACCAAACCUCAUCCUCGGUCAAUGUCUCGCUGUAUUUGAAGAAGAUUGACAAGGAGCGUGCCCGCGUCGACCUCGCCGCCGACACGAUCACCUUUGACCUCCCCACCACUGACAACAAACGAUUCCAAGAUACCUACAAGCUCUUUGCUCCCAUCGACCCGGCGAAAUCAUCCUUCCGGGUCCUGGGCACCAAGCUCGAGCUGUCGCUGGUCAAGGCCGAUGGGACUAGCUGGCCGGUACUGCGCAGCGACGAUAAGUGGAGUGGACAGCGGAUUCAGAUUGGCAAUGCUGGACGGGCAUAA